AGAAUUCGGUCCCGAAAUCCACUAAUACAUUGUGUAAUAUAUUUUGUUACCAAAAUUAUUCAUAAAAAAGUUCUAAACAUUAUAAAUUUAGUGAGCAAUGUUCAUUGACUAAUUAUUGUGUUGAAAAUAAGUAAUAUCCUGAAAACUGUUCAAGAUGUAUUCUAAGGCUUUUGAUACUUUUAACGUGUUGAACAAGAAAAACUUGCUUAAACUGGGAUUACAUUCUAAAAAAUAUUCAACAGAUGUCACAAAUACCAUAAAACCCAGAGUUAUAUUUGCCAAACAAGAAUUAGACACCGAUGAUAUCAGAGUCGGUAGUGUCUAUCAUGGCUUCAAAUGCGAGGACAUACAGAAGGUUCCUGAAUUUAAUUUGACAGCUUAUAGGCUUGUACAUGAAAAAACACGCACAGAAUAUUUGCACAUAAAUAGGCCGGACCCUAACAAUGUAUUCUCAAUCAACUUUCGCACUACUCCAUUUGAUUCCACAGGCCUUCCUCAUAUUUUGGAACACACAGUUCUCUGUGGCUCGAAAAAAUACCCAGUACGAGACCCGUUCUUCAACAUGUUGAAUAGAUCUAUUAGUAAUUUUAUGAAUGCCAUGACUGGCCCCGAUUUCACCUUCUAUCCUUUUUCAACAGUGAAUGAAGUGGAUUAUAGAAAUCUACAAGCUAUUUAUAUGGAUGCUGUUUUUCAUCCUAACCUGUCUCAUUUAGAUUUUUUGCAAGAAGGCUGGAGACUUGAGCAAAAGAAUUUAGAUGAUAAAAAGUCUGAUUACUCCAUCAAAGGCGUUGUUUAUAAUGAAAUGAAAGGUGUUUUUGCAGAUAAUUCAGCUAUAUUUUCUCAAACAUUUUUAAAUACGAUAUUACCAGAUCAUACUUACAGAUAUGUAAGUGGAGGACACCCUCUGCAAAUACCAAAAUUGACACAUACAGAUUUAGUUAAUUUUCAUCACAAAUAUUACCAUCCAAGUAAUGCUAAAAUAUAUAGCUAUGGAAAUUUUUCUCUAACUAAAUCGUUGGCAUUUGUAGAUGAUUAUGUUUCCAAAUUUGAUCCUGUUGAUGCUAGUUACAGCAUAAUACCUAAUCAAAAACGAUGGACUUCUCCACAAAGUCAUCAUGUAACAUGCAGAUAUGAUAAUAUGGGGGCACCGUUCGAAAAGCAAAAUCAAAUAGCAAUUGGCUAUCUUAUGUCAGACAUAACAAAUAUAUAUGAAACAUUUUUAUUGCAAUUCAUCACUGAAUUGAUGAUUGUAGGCCCCAAUUCAUAUUUCUACAAGAGCUUAAUUGAACCCAAUAUUUCAGGUGGAUAUAAUGGUACCACAGGAUAUGAGAGUCAAUUGAGAGAUACAAUGUUUGUAAUAGGUUUGCAAAACAUUGCAAAAGAAGAUUUUGAUAAAUUUGAUAAGAUCUACAAUGAAACGAUUGAUGAAGUUAUUGCUAAAGGUUUUGAUGCAAACCAUAUCAAAUCUGUGUUGCAUCGAAUAGAACUAAACAUAAAACAUCAAAGCACAAAAUUUGGCUUAAACUUACUUUUUGGACUAGUACCACUGUGGAAUCACAACGGUAAUAUCAUGAUGAGCUUACAAAUGAACAAUCUUGUUAAGAGUCUUAAGGAAAAUCUUAAAGACCCUACUUAUUUGCAAAAGCGAGUAGAGAAUUAUUUCAAAAACAAUAACCAUAAACUUACUCUGACAAUGACUCCAGAUACAGAUUAUGAAAAAAAAUUGAUUGAAGCUGAACAUGAAUUAUUACUUUCUAAGGUUAAUGUUUUAUCUGAGGAAGAUAAAAAUAGAAUAUACGAAGAGAACAAACAACUUGAAGUAUUACAAAAAACUAAAGCAAACGUUGAUAUGUUACCCUGUCUUAAGCUGAAUGAUAUUCCUCUUGAAGUUAAGAGAUCAGAUAUUAAGGUUAAGGAAAUAAGGGGUGUUCCUUUCAACAUAUGCCAUGCCGCUACCAAUGGCAUAGUUUAUUUCAGGUCUAUUUUAAGCGCAUCACAUUUGAAUCAUAGCGAAACAAUGCUCUUACCAUUAUUUAAUUCAAUGUUGACUAAAUUUGGUACUCAGAAUCAUGAUUUUAGAUCAUUUGAUCAACUAGUUAAUAUGAAAACGUCUGGCUUAAGUGUAUCUACACAUUUAUCAGAAAAUUUGAAUGACUUUAAUAAAUAUGAACUAGGACUCAUAUUGAGCAGUUUUUGCUUAAAUGAUAACAGUAAAGAUAUGAUGUACUUAUGGAAUGAAAUAUUUGAUGGUCCUCUAUUUAACGAUGAGUCAAGAUUAACAAUGUUAUUAGAGAAUUACUUAUCUAAUUUAUCUGUCGGUAUUGCUCAAUCUGGACAUUUGUAUGCUAUCAUGUGCUCGAGUGGAUUACUUCAGGAGUCCUCUGCUUUGAAAGAAAGUCUAUCAGGGCUUCAACAUAUAGAUUUUAUGAAGAAGUAUGUUGCGAAUAACAAACCAAGUGAAAUUUUACAAACCUUCAAAGAAAUGGCUACUAAAUUAUUGACUCGUGAUAGAAUGAGAUGUUCAUUGAACAUAGAUUUUAAAAAUGAUUCUCAGAUCUUUGAACAUGCAAAAUGUUUCUUAGAAAACACUAGAUGUACAGAAGAUAAGAAUAUGAGUCAUGUGUGGAAUUCAUCAAAAGUAUCAUCGGAGCCACUUGUGAAGUGCAAGCAUAAUGUAUUGAACAUUCCUGUAAAUUUCUGCGCUAAAUCUAUAUCUGCUGUUCCUUACACAGAUCCAGAUUAUCCAAAGUUACAAGUAUUGGCCAAGUUUUUGAGCUCCAAGUACUUACAUCACAUAGUAAGGGAACAAAAUGGCGCUUACGGCUCAGGCCUUAAGGUAUCAGCUGACGGAAUCAUGAACUUCUACAGCUACAGAGAUCCCAACUCUAGGAAAACAUUAGAUGUGUUUGACGAGUCAGGUGAUUGGUUCAAGAAAAAUGCAAAUCUCUUAGAUGAUCAAGUAUUGUUUGAAGCGAAACUGGGAGUUUUACAAACUAUCGAUGCGCCGAUCGCUGAGGGACUCAAAGGAUAUGAUUUGUUUGCUCACGGUGUCACCCAGGAGAUUUUCCAGAACCAUAGAUCUAGUAUUCUUCGGGUAACCAAAGAUGAUAUGAUGGAUGUUUGUGUGAAAUAUUUCACACUUGGUAACAGGCAGUCUACCAAAACUAUCCUGGGACCCAAAUCAGAGUUGGAAAAACAUGAAGACGAGAUUUGGGUAGUGGUAGAGCAGGAAGGAAACUAGAUAUUAGAGUGUUGUUAUUAAUGCCAAAGUCUAAGACUCUGAUGUUAUAAAUUAUAUUGUUAACCUUUAUGGAGUUUUGUUAGUGGUCAAAAAUUAUAUAUACAAUAUAUGUAUAUAAUACUCACAAUGUUACGUUUUUACUGAUUUAUUGUUUACCGAUGUAUUACUGUACUAUAAAGAUAUGUAUGGAAUUAUUAUAUUUAUAGAUAUAG